AUGCCGCACGGCUACGUGCGCGCCGACCGCGUCAUGCGCCUGCGCACGCUGCUCGAGCGCCUGUCCGACGUGCCCGGCCUCACCUCCGAGGAGAAGGACCCAGAAGAGUUCCUAAACGGCCUCGUGGCUCAGUUACUGAGGGCGGAACCAUUCCUAAAGCUGUCCUCAGGACAGGAAGCUUUUUGCUAUCAACUGUUUGUAGAAAAGGACGAGCAGAUAACGUUGCCCACCGUUCAACAGUUGUUAGAGCAGUCGUUCGCUACCUCCGGUGUGAAGCUUAGUGAGGUACCAGCUGCGUUUAUAAUUCAAAUGCCACGGUUUGGCAAGCAAUACAAAUUGUACCAACGAGUGCUGCCAUCGCCGCUGCUUGACGUAACGGAUCUCAUUGAAGGCUUGCCCCGGCAGUGCACGGUGUGCGGCGGGCUGGCGCGCUGGGAGUGCAGCGCGUGCGCGCGCGGCGGCUCGCUGGAGGCGGGCGCGCUGUGCGCCGCCUGUCACAGGCUCGCGCACCAGGCGCGCCCGCACCACAAGGUACGUGUGUAUUAUCCCGCAGUGUACGGCGGGCUGGCGCGCUGGGAGUGCAGCGCGUGCGCGCGCGGCGGCUCGCUGGAGGCGGGCGCGCUGUGCGCCGCCUGUCACAGGCUCGCGCACCAGGCGCGCCCGCACCACAAGGCAACGCCGCUGCUAGUGCCGGAGGAGUGGGCGAGCGUGCUGGAGGGCGCACCGGCGCCGCGCGUGUAUAUGGAGCUGUUCGCAGUUCUCUGCAUCGAGACCAGCCACUACGUGGCCUUUGUCAAGGCGGGACAGGCGCUCGACGCGCCUUGGUGCUUCUUCGACUCCAUGGCAGACCGCAAGGGCGAGCGCAACGGCUACAACAUCCCCGAGUGCUCGUGCAUCCCGGAGCUGGGCGCGUGGCUGAGCGAGGAGGGCGCGCGCGACCGCCAGCUGCCCGCGCCCGCGCGCCGCCUGCUCGCCGACGCCUACAUGUGCUUCUACCGCAGCCCCGACGUCGCCAUGUACCGGUAG